AUUGACAGCCGAUAGGGGGAUCUGGAGGCUUGAUGCCUCACUAACGUCCAUGACCUCCGCGCGUCUCCUCUCCAUCAUUCCGGAGAGUGCAUGGUGAGGGAUCCCCAAAACUGCUUUGUUCUUAUUCAUUUUAUUACGGGUUUCUUUUUCUUUUUUUUUUAACCUAUGACUUUUCUAUGGUCUUAACGGAAUAGAGAAGCUCAGUGCCUUGCAGCUGGAGUGGGCAUGUCCCGACUGAACGGGAGCGCGCAGAUCAUCUGAGCUGACAGGUUGCAUCCUUCCAUGCGCAAAAGGCUUUACAGUUUGCCACAGCACGUCGGCCGGAACGCUUCGACCAUGUGCGACGAAGACGGAGACCGGGAUGCGCGCCGGAGAAGCAUCCGGAUGAAGCCGUUGCCGUCUCCGGGCGGCGCUGAGAGCAGCAGAAACGCAGACGGGGCGUCCGUGGCAUCGGCGGCGGCGGCGGCGGCGCUCGCAGACCCGGAGGCGGCCCGGGGCGCGAAAAGCAACUCAAACGGCGACUGCAGGAGGUUUCGAGGCAGUUUGUCCUCGCUCGCCGGCCGCCACAGCCACGAAUCGGACUCAGCCGAAGAGAAGCGUCUGAUCGUCGAGGCAGAUCCAAGCCCGAGCGAGGAGAGUCCGCCCGGAGCGAGAGGAGGAGGUGGAGGUAGUGGAGCUGGAAGCACUGCUGGUGGAGGUGUGGAACCGGGAGCGCGCGGCACUCCAGAAAGGUAUCCAGGGUUUGCCAAGCUAGACGGCGGCAUUGAGCAUGUUCUGUCCGACGAUGAGAGGUUCUGCCAGGCGGGUUUCAUGCACAGGCAGUUCGGUGCCAUGCUGCAACCCGGUGUUAACAAGUUCUCCCUGAGGAUGUUCGGGAGCGAGAAAGCGGUGGAGCGCGAACAGGAGCGCGUAAAAUCGGCCGGAUUUUGGAUUAUACACCCCUACAGUGAUUUCAGGUUCUACUGGGAUCUCACUAUGUUGUUGCUGAUGGUGGGAAACUUGAUCAUCAUUCCCGUGGGCAUCACCUUCUUCAAAGAUGAGCACACUCCUCCCUGGAUCGUCUUCAACGUCGUCUCGGACACCUUCUUCCUCAUGGACCUGGUGCUCAACUUCCGCACGGGCAUUGUCAAGGAGGACAACACAGAGAUUAUACUGGACCCACAGCAGAUAAAGAUUAAAUAUCUGCGCUCAUGGUUUGUGGUGGACUUCAUCUCCUCUAUCCCAGUGGACUACAUCUUCCUUAUUGUAGAGACGCGGAUCGAUUCGGAUUUCUACAAGACAGCGCGUGCGCUCAGGAUUGUCCGUUUCACAAAGAUACUCAGUCUGUUGCGUCUGCUGAGGCUGUCCAGACUCAUACGCUACAUUCAUCAAUGGGAAGAGAUUUUCCAUAUGACAUAUGACCUGGCCAGUGCGAUGGUGCGUAUCGUGAAUCUGAUUGGCAUGAUGCUCCUGCUGUGCCACUGGGAUGGCUGCCUGCAGUUCCUUGUACCCAUGCUGCAGGACUUCCCUCCCGACUGUUGGGUCGCCAAAAACAAGAUGGUGAAUGAUACGUGGGGCCAGCAGUACUCGUAUGCCCUCUUCAAGGCCAUGAGUCACAUGCUGUGCAUCGGUUACGGCAUGUAUCCUCCAGUGGGAAUGACGGACGUUUGGCUCACUAUCCUCAGCAUGAUUGUUGGAGCAACAUGCUAUGCUAUGUUUGUGGGCCAUGCCACGGCGCUCAUCCAGUCUCUGGACUCCUCACGAAGGCAAUACCAAGAAAAGUAUAAACAGGUGGAGCAGUACAUGUCCUUCCAUAAGCUGCCAGCAGACAUGCGCCAGAGGAUCCAUGAUUACUACGAGCACCGUUACCAGGGCAAGAUGUUUGAUGAGGAGAGCAUCCUGGGGGAGCUGAAUGAGCCGCUCAGGGAGGAAAUAAUCAACUUCAACUGUCGGAAGCUGGUGGCAUCGAUGCCCCUGUUUGCCAACGCAGAUCCGAAUUUCGUGACAUCGAUGCUGACCAAGCUGCGCUUUGAAGUUUUCCAACCUCGAGACUACAUCAUCCGAGAAGGCACCAUUGGGAAGAAGAUGUACUUCAUACAGCACGGAGUCGUUAGCGUGCUCACUAAAGGGAACAAGGAAACCAAGCUGUCAGAUGGUUCCUACUUUGGAGAGAUCUGUUUGCUGACAAGAGGAAGGCGCACAGCCAGUGUCCGAGCGGAUACAUACUGCCGUCUCUACUCCCUGUCAGUUGAUAACUUCAACGAAGUGCUCGAAGAAUAUCCUAUGAUGAGGAGAGCCUUCGAGACUGUAGCUCUGGACCGCCUCGAUCGUAUAGGAAAGAAGAACUCUAUAUUGCAGCACAAGGUCCAGCAUGACUUAAACUCUGGUGUCCUCAACUAUCAGGAGAAUGAGAUUAUCCAACAGAUAGUGCAGCAUGAUCGAGACAUGGCGCACUGUGCACACCUAAUGCAAAACCAAUGUUCCCCUGCACCACCAUCCCCUACUCCAGUCAUUUGGGCCCCACUCAUCCAGGCUCCUUUACAAGCAGCUGCUGCAACAACAUCAGUUGCUAUUGCCUUGACCCACCACCCUCAUCUGCCUCCCACGCUCUUUCGCCCUUCUACCUCUUCUUUGGGUUCAACAAAGGAAGCACCAAGAAACAGGUUCCAGGUUGUACCCACAUCGACAGCUCUUGGUUCAACUGGAGACUCACCAUUGAGCUCUCCUUCAAAGCCUCGUACUGGAGGGGACACUCCUUUACUUGCAUCCUUCCGGGCACAUCAUUCAACAGUGCCAUCUGGGUCAGGCAGUGGCAACCACCCGGCCUCCAGAAGCAGCAUAAGUGGAGUUUCACAUCCUGGGCCUGGUCGAGCUUCUGCAUUCCCAUCUGGCAAUUACUCAAGAUCUGCAUCUCCCACGUGUAGUACUGCACAGCUCCAUCCUCCACCCAAACACAAGCAGCCCUUCCCACCAAGUACCCCACCACUGUCCACUCAUCUUCAACAAGGCAGCACAGGUGCUGGGACCUUGUCUGGGGCAGUAGGUGGUGCAGUGAGCAUUGCUGUGAGUGGAGCAGUGGCAGACACACUAAGUGGAUUGACUGCAAGUGGGUCUCCUGGUGGUACAUUAGUUGGUGCCACUUGUGGGCUUUUGACCACACCAUCUUCAAAUGUUAGCCCUCUUUCAACUGGAUCAUUCGGCCAAUCCCAGAGUCACUUCCUUCAUGGUCAGCAAACACAAAAUAACAAACAGCCAUCUUCAUUUCAUCAGUUUGCUGGUGGGGGUGGCAGGACUUCAAGUACGUUAAACCUCUUCCAUACACCCACAACUGGCUCCCCAUCCUCCACUCUAUCACAUGUUACUCCAGCCCUCGAAGGCUCUCCUUCAUCAAACACACAAUCCUUUAACCUACAAUCCUCCUUUUCUUCGCAGCUGCCUUUAGAAAGGUCAGCAUUAGCAUCUCUAGCUCAAUAUGGCUCAGCUAACGCUUCUCCCUGCUACACUCCUCUAGCCCCCAGCCCUACAGUCCAAAGUCCUGGAAGAACUUUCCAUUACAGUGACCCCUCCAGUGUUUCAGGUUCCCACAGCUCUCUGCUUAUACCCCAGCAUUCCUGCCCUAUUCAGCUACCUAGCUGCAACACUUCAGGAACUGAAUCGCCGGUGGGCCGCUUUGCUGAAGAUAUGAAACUGUUGUCCAGCUCUCACCCUUUGCUAAGUGAAGAGGUGGCCCAGGUUAUGGCUCACUCCUCCCCACGAUCAUCCGUUGAGCCUGGCUUCCGUAUCUCCCCUUACUCCUCCCCAACACUGAUGCCUAAACCGUGCAGCUCCAUAUCGGGUCACUUUGCUUCCCCCUUACAGACUUCUCCCAGUACGCGGCACCAUGCCCCCAGCAUAGGGACAUCACCCUCCCUUACAUUCCGCAGAUCCUCAGAGGCCCAUCCUUCUGAACUGGAACCCCUUUGCGCAAAACUUCCCUCAAAUUUGUGAGGUUAGAUCACACCCUCCUGUUCACCUGUGGACCUGUAACUGAGUAAUAACAAUCCUUUUUUUGUGUGACACUUUUAUUUCAUUGUUUAUCUAUAUUACACUGUGUUUUAAUCUUAAUUUAGGAUAUCUAAAUAUUACUGUGAUUUAAAAAAAAAAAAAUGAAGGUGUAACCACCUAAUAGAAAUUUAGAUUGAUUGUUUUGCUUUGUCAUUCUCUAUUUUUUAUUCAUUAAUAUAUAAGUAAAAAUAUCUAUUUAAUGCUAUGUUAAUUAACCAAUAGGAGGGUGUGAAAUACUCCGUUCAUAAACGUUUGCAGCCAUCCAUUUUCCACAAUUCAUUGGUUUGUGCGUUUGAAACAGACCACACAGAAGGACUCUUCUGCAGGAACCUAUGCACUGAAGCCUGCGUUCUGACUUUUUGUCUGUGUUCAACUCAAUCUUUUUAGUCAAAAGAGAAAGGCUACACUUUAUCGAGGAUCACAUAUUGUUGAUCCUUAUAUGUAUCGAUGGGAUUCUAUGUAUUUAUUCACUGUUUAUUCACUUAAUUUUUGCAAAAAAUUAUAAUGUGUUGAAGAGAAUUUAGCAAACCAAAAAUAGUUUUCUUUUGAAAUAUUAAUACACCUUUUGGCCUACACCUUAUUGAAUUUCUCUACAGUAUUGUAGUAAUAUUGGAGUGGAUUCAGGUCCUCUGUAAUGGGGGGGAAAUAUAAGAAGAAAUUCUAGAUACAGGGAGUCUUCAACGGUGUCCUAAAUAUUCACUUUUGUCUUCCAGGUUCAUACGGCAGAUGCUGGAAAUGAGUGGUGUGUGUAUGAGUGAUUUCUUAAAGUGGCUUGAUGCAAGCAACAAUUUUAGUUUUGCCUUUUAAUAUAAAAAUAGAACUUCCAUUGGCGCCUACAUGUAGACAUUACUAGGAUAACGGUUUCAGAGACUCAGUAAAACUUACAGAAGAUUACUUCAUGUAGCAUGCAUGGAAAAAUAAGUGCUGAAUUUCAAUACCUUCAGCAUUAAAAUGAACUUGAGCUGGAUUAAUGCCUGCGGUGUUCAUAUAAACCCAGGUGGACACAAAAAGCGUUAAUUUAACACUAG